UAAGCAGACUGAAUUCCUUGACACGCACACACUCAUCCUUACCUUUUAGAGGACUGGUAACUCCUCAAUUCUAAGCAAUGGCAGAUAAGGAACUUGCCAGAGUGCGCAGCAAAUUUGUAGGAAAGGUGUCAAAAGCUAUAAUCAAGCAGCUCCUGGACGACCUUUUGGAGGAUCGUUUAAUGAAUGAUGGGGAGGUAGAAUCUGUGCUCGAGGACAACACUGCCAAAGCAGACAUGGCUCGCUGCCUCAUCGACACAGUGAAAAAGAAGGGGGACAAAGCCAGCAGGAAGCUGAUUGAGCACAUUGAAAACAGAGAUCCUACACUUUACUCUGACCUUGAGCUGUCCUGUGGUCCACCUCCAGUUGCAGCUCCUCAGAAACAGAAAACCUGGUCAAACAAACUGAUCCCCAUGACGGACUCUGUGAGGAAGGAUAAAAUGAAUGAUACAGAUAUUUACAGAGUGUCAGAAACUUCAAUAAAAUGUCGUGUGGCCCUUCUAAUCACCAAUAGAAAUUUUACUGACGAUAGCUUAACCAGAAAGGGAGCUGAGAAAGACGAGGAGAACAUGGAGGAUCUGCUAAGAUCUCUGCAAUACGAGGUGGUGAAACACAAUGACCUUACAGCAAAGGAUAUUGAAAAGGCUCUUAAGGAAUUUAUCGCACACCCCAAACUCAAAGACACAGACAGUGUGUUUGUGGUUAUAAUGUCUCACGGGAAACGGGGAUUCGUCCUUGGAGUUGAUCACAAAGCCAAUAAACCGGAUGAGUUCCCUGUUGACAAAAUCUACAAAUAUCUGGGUCCACAGAAAUGCUCUGCACUGAUGGACAAACCCAAGGUCAUCAUCAUCCAGGCCUGCAGAGGAGCUAUGGAUGGAGCUGCAAUUGUCAGCGACAGUGCCAGUUUAGAGGUGGUGUCUGAUGAGGCAUCGCAUCGGCCGCCCGCUCAUGUAGGCAAGAUUGUGGAUGACUCCAUUCGAUACGUUCACAAAGAAAAGGACUUCAUUUCCCUCCUGUCAAGCACUCCUGAUACCGUCUCAUACAGAAGUGAGGAUUUGGGCUCCUUCCUGAUACAGUACAUCGUUGAAGUCUUCAACACCUGCUCCCAUGAGGACGACAUCGAUGAACUUUUCAGAAAAGUCAUGCAGCGCUUUGAAGACUUUCCUGAUGAAACCAAAAGACAAAUGCCAACAAAAGACAGAUGCACUCUAACCAGGCGCUUCUACCUUUUUCCCGGCAACUGAGACAGCAAUAUUUGGUAAAUCCAUGUGUUGUUAAGCUGACAAUGCUACCCUUACUUUUCUUUUUAAAAUAUACACUCAUGUUCUGUUUGUGAAUUUCAGCAUUAAAACCCAGCAAACUACCUUUAUACAUAACAGUUUGAACUUAAACCAGUAACUAAGCCUCGUUUUUGUUUUUACUGAGGAAAUAAGGACCUUGACUUUAAUGUAUUUGAGAGAAAUAUCUUUAAAAUAAUUCUGAACAACUGAUCAUAUUUCCUGUACGGUGUCGGGAACAGAUUAAGGACAUUAAGGAAACCGAGACAAAAUGGUUUUAAAAGGCAAACCUUCAAACAAUUUGUGGACAUGCAAUGUAAAUCACCUGUAUGUCCUUGGGAAAAAUUCAAAUUUUUAAAGUAUCAGUUGAAUCCCUUUCUUUGUAUGUCAAUGGUAAAGCCUGUGUAACAUGGAUGUGAAAUGUCGCCUGCUUGCCAGAUUGCAGAAUGACUCCAUAGUUCUUUGAGGAACUAGAGCAACCCAACUCUAUGUCAUUUGUUCUGUGAAAAAAACCCAAGUUUUUUUUCUCUAGAAUGAGUCAUAAGAAGUUCAAAGUUGCCUAAAAUUAAAAGUAUAAUAGACAGGACACUUUUUAUUUUUACACUUUUUUCUUGGAGACCUAAGCAUAGUCAGAACCAGCAGAACAAAAAUCAUCGCUAUGCAAGUAUGCAUUCACUUUCCUAUUUUCUGAUGUUGAAGAACUCUCUUUUAUCUAAAUCUCCAGAAAAAAAUUCAUUUUUUGCUGAGGAAAUUUUUUUCCGUUUAAGACAAGAGAAUUCCAAAUCUCUGUGAUUUUCUCUGGAUAUUUCAAGGCUAAACACAUUGUAUUUCUCUGCUCUGAGCUCUACUUUGGAGACAGCCUUUUGACCAAGACCCUAGCCACAUUUUGAGUACGGUCUAGAUCAAUGUUAUCAUAUAUUUUGGGUUAUCUUUUCCCUUCAGACAUCUUAAACUAUACUUUAGACUAAUUUUGUUUUAUGUAAUCUGCAUCUAAUUCACUCAUUCAGGUAUGUAAGAGUUGUUCUCCAUUGAAAUAAAUAUUCCAUCUAAAUCCA